AUGGGUACCAAGCUGCCGCUCCUCUGCGCCCUGGCCGUGCUGCUCGGCGCCUUCCCACCGGGGCAGCCCGGCGCCCGGGGCUCGGCGGCCGCCGCGCCGCCCGCCGCGCCGCCCGCGGGCGAAGGGGAGGCGUACGGCGUGAAGCUGUGCGGGCGGGAGUUCAUCCGCGCCGUCAUCUUCACCUGCGGCGGGUCCCGCUGGAAGCGCCUCUCCCUGCUGGCCGGGGAGCCGGAGGCGGCCCCCGGUCCUGUACGAACAGCAAGUAAUAAUCUACAGGGAAGCUUCAAGCUGCAACCAGUUUGGGGUCAUGAAGUGGAGCAGCUGCAGAGGAGCAGCCCGUUUCUUGGAUGGGAGACGCUGAAGGACUUGUAUAGUUUAAACUACUAUAAUGAAUAUGUACCAGUGGCAGAUGACUUCAAAGAACUUGUUCAACAGGUAGAGGAAGCUGUUCCAAAGGACAGGGGAGGAACAGAAAUUGCAAGCCCCAUGGGCUCAAGCAGUUAUCUUUGGGCCAGGUAUCCCAGGAGAAAACGAGAAUCUCUGGGUUUGGCAGGAAUGUGUUGUAAAUGGGGCUGUACAAAAGCUGAAAUUAGUACUAUAUGCAGAGUUUAAAAUUCUCUGCACUUAAUGCAUGAAAUCAAUGCUCAUUGCAAAACUCUCACUGUAUUUUAUUUUGUCUGUAUGUUCCAGUCAAUGCUGCUGGUUUUCUUUAAAAAAAAAUAUAUUGACAAGUGUAAUUGUAAUGACUUUGUUUUGCUGCAAUAACUUUUAAUCUGUAUUUUUUACUGAGUAUUUUCAUGUUGAU